CACUGCCUGCAACUUGUUAUAAAACAACUUGAAGUAAACAAUAUUCAGUUAGAGUUAGUCCGUCGAGUAUUUCGGUCGCAGAACUACACAGUACGCGCUCUCCGUCAAUAAUGUACCGCCGGUACUUUCUUUUGUUUGCGAUGUUUGUCGCGUCCGCGACGCCUGAAAAAUUCAAAGUGAUUCGGGAAUGGAAGUUUUUCAACUUCACUUGGCCGGAUCGGGAAUUCUACGCCACCGCUGUUUCGAGAGGAAAUUACAUACCGGAACACAACAUUAUUUCUGGACUAGAUUUUUACAAGAACUACUACUAUCUAACACUUCCUCGAAUGAAGGAUGGCGUUCCUGCUACUCUGGUUAGGAUUCCUGCGGGAAAAACGAACAGUACCAGCCCAGCGUUGGAACCGUUCCCCUCGUGGGAAAUGAAUAAAGAAGGGGAUUGCAAUGCACUUCAAAAUGUUCAAAACAUCGAAAUCGAUCCCAAAGGGCAACUUUGGAUUAUCGAUAGUGGAAGAACGGAAACUUUAAACACGCCGUCUUCCAGAUGCCCGCCGAAAUUGAUUAUUUUUGAUAUUAAAAAGAAUAUGACUACAACCGCUUAUACUUUUCCGGAAAAUGUUGCUAGUUUGAAUUCUAAUUACUUAUACGAUAUCGUUAUAGACGAUACAGAUGGUGGUUAUGCUUAUAUUACGGAUAAUAGUGCAAGAGACCCUGGCAUAAUCGUCUUCUCAGUUAAGGACCACCACUCUUGGAAAAUUCGUCAUUCACAAACCAUGCGAGCAGAUCCUUCGGCGAUCACUUUUAAAGUCAACGGUGUCAUCAUCAACUCCCCCUUGAAUUUGGCCGCCAUCGCAUUGGGACCGAAAGUUCACGCGAGUAGCGACAGAAUCGUCGUAGAUGAAGAUAGAGAAGUAUUUUACAGCCCCAUCUCCAGUUUGCAUUUCUAUUCUAUCAACACGACAGUCCUUCGAAACGAGCAAAAUGGAAUGAACAAUGAAGAAUAUCAGGGAAACGUUAGGGAUUGUGGAAUCAAGCAAUCGCAAACAUCAGGCAUAAUUAUGGACAAUCAAGGGGUUCUCUACUACACCUUACUAGGUACAAACAGUAUAGCUAAAUGGAACUCACAUACUCCUUUCGAAUCAAAACAUAGAAUAAUUUCGAAAGACGAAAGAUUCUUAGAAUGGCCAAGCGCUUUUACCUUUGACCAAAACGGUAACAUCACAGUUUUAGUUAACAGACUCAAUAAAUUCAUCUACGAUCAAUUGAACAUGAAAGAAGCCAAUUUUAGACUCAUCACUUCUCAUAUAGGUGCUAACAGUUAUUUAUUUAACCAAGCAUAUGAUUACAGUAUCGAACCAAAUGCAACUAAGCAACCAACAAUAGAAAAUAAGGCUCCACAACCGGAAAUAUUACCGGGUUCCAAUGAUCCAUAUCUGGUCCCACAACCCAUACCAGCACGAAAUACAAACACGGAAUCUUCGGUUUUAACAAAUCCAGUUUCUCAACCAAGAGAAGAACCGGAUCCAAACUCAGAAUUUGAAAUGAAAAUGAUGUUAGAAUCUGAAAUAAAACCAGAACGAGAACCAAAAUCCGAACCAGAGCCAAAAGCGGAACCAACAUCGGAGCCUCAACCCGAACCAACAACAGAACCUGUCGCCGAACCUGAACCAACAGCGGAACCGGAGCCUGAACCUUCAAAUCAUGCGCAGCAUAAACACAUUGACCAUAAUACCUCGACUGCGGUACCGGCUUCGUCCGGUACAGCAAGCAAUUCAAAUCUAUUUGUAAUAAUUUUCUCUGCUAUUGUGGGCGUAAUUAUAUUUGUUUGUGGGUACUUAUUUGGAAGUUAUUCGUAACUUGGUAAUCAUGCAUGAUGCGUGAGUAAUCUAAAAUACUUUACAGUCCAAAUAGUGAUUUGGUUUAUUUGAUUCUAAAAAUAUUAGUGUUCCAAAUAUUCAAGUCUGUAUAUAUAUUAACGUUUUGUGUGAAAUAUUUCAAUAAGUUUGUCUAGUAUUAUCUAAAAAGUCUUAUACAGUAGGUACCUACUUACCCGAGAGUAAAAAAAUAUUUCUAAAUUUAAUGAAAUAUCCAAAACCGAAUGACAUUUACUAUAAAAAAGUGGCGCGGGUAUAAAUCUAUUCAAAAUAAAGAUUUUUUAGAAAAUUUUGCGAUAACAAUUUUAAACCAAUAAAAUGCAAUCAUUUCUAAAAGUUGCUAUGACAACCUUCGUAUUUAUUAGAAAAUUACCCUACCUAGCUGUAAGAUUAAGUGUAAAUUUACCUGCCUUGACAGUUGUCAUAAAAAUCAGUGGUGUAGAAUAAUUUCGAAUUGUGUGAUAUUAACGAAAUAUUAUCUACCGGAUUCUGUAGCAGUUAUGGUUGAUAAUUUCAGUUUGUGUACCUCCAAAAAGUGAAUGUAUAACUUUUUCUUGUUUAAUUGGUUGAAAUACUAUCUCAGGCAACAGCUGACAUUAAAAUAUACGACUUCUCGGACCCAGUAUCAAUAGUUCGAUGAGUUUUAUUUUCUCCAAUUACUUGGACAGACAAAGUUUGUGAAAAUAAUUGUGUAAAGGUCGAGUUGGAAAGAGAAUUAUCGACUAUAGCAAUAGAUGUAUCAACAGUUUGUUCAUUUGUUUAUGAUUUUUUGGACACAUUAUAUCUACCUUGGCAUUUGGAACAUCUUAGUUUAACUUUACAUCGUCUAUUAAUAUAUCCGAAUUUCAUACACAAUUGGCAGCUUGCAUUAGCAGAAAGUCUUUCUUCUUUUGUGCUAAACUCCAGGUAUGACACACUGUCGUGUGUGCUUUUACAAAAUAACACAUUUUAGAGUACUCCUAUUAAUCAAAUCUGCAGAUGAAAUGUCGUAAUUUCUUUUAGAUUUAUUCUGUAAUUCAAACCCUGAAGUAGCCAUGACUAUUUUUUCUUCAUCUUGAACAUCUUUUCUCAAAAACUUCAUUAAAUUCUCAAGACGUUCUUGAACAUUUGAUUCGGAUCAUGUUUUUGUUGUAAGAUAAUUCUCCCUCGUCUUCGACAAAAACAUUGGUGACCUUAAAAAAAAUUCCGUAAUUAAUUUUAGCACUAGGGAUAUUAUUAUAAGUGAUAAUACGGCUACUAUUAUUUGAUUUAAAAAAAAUUCUCCAUAUUAGUAACUAAAGCUGAAAUUAAUUAUUAUUAUUAUUGUGUGUAACUAUAAUUAAAGAAGGAAGUAGCGUCUUAAAAAACGGUUAGGUAGAGUACUGAAAAAUAAGUUAGGUUAGGUUGGUAAACGAUAUCCGCAUUCAAGAUACAGGAUGUUAAAAUUUAAAAAGUGUUGUUUGUUUCUUCUUUAAUUUAUAAACACAUGCAUACACAAGUUACGACUGUCAAAAUUAUUUAAAACGAAAUAAUUAUCCACAAGACCAUUUUAAAAAUUGACGGCACCGCUCUAGACAAGUUUGUGUAUGUUGUCUUGUCUACUUAUCUACAAAUUGAUAGAGGUGUAAUCUAUUUUAAUUAUUUCAAUUAUAAUUUAAAUAAUAAUGGAAGUGGGUUUGAAUAUUAGAUGUUCAACUAAAACAUUCAGAUUAGUUUACAUUUUUUUAGCGUCAAAGUUAUUUUGGCACGUUAGAGCGUCAAUAAUGUAAAAUUGUGACAGGUUGCGGGGAAAACAUCAACUUCCCAGUUAUAUUUGAAUGUGAAAAAGCCUACUUUGUUUAAAAAAAUAGUAUAUUAUUAAACGAGCAAUUUAUGGUAGCCAUUAUUCACGCAGGGUGACGUUUGCGUCCCGAGGUAGGGAGGGACGAAUAGUGUUUAGAAAAAUAAAAAAAUUAUUUAUUAUUAAUAAACCAUCGGAAAGGGCGUCCGACGAAAAAUCCGUGUACAUGGUGAGGUUAGGGAGGGACGAAUAGUGCUUAGAAAAAAAUAAAAUAAUUAUUUAUUUGUAAUAAAUAUUAUAUUUAAUUAAUUAAUUAUUAUUUAAAUACAAAAAUGUUUUUGGCUGUUUUACUAAAGCAAAGAUAUAUUCAACUUCUAUUUGAAUUAUUUAUUUUUAAAACAAGCAAAAUAUUUUAUGAAGAAUAACAUUUUCUCUAAAAAUUUAGUCCACCCAUGUAUAUUUGAUUCAUUAAUAAAUUCUUAUUUAAAUAUAAACGUAGUGUUAUAACUAGUACCCUGUAGUACUUGUUAUUGUAAAUUUAUUCUUUUUUUUUUCUACGUGAUAAAUACAUAAUUAGUUGUAGAAAAGUAUUAUUAACUAUGUACUAGUCUUAAAACGGUCAUUUGAAAGCAAAACCAGCUUAUGACCAAUUUAAUAAAAUUCCGGGAAAAACCUGCUAAUUUUUUCGUUCAGAUUUUUUUGGUAAAACAAAAAAAUUAAAUAUUAUUUCCUCAAUUAAAAACAUCCAUCUAUUGUAAUUUUGUAAAUAUUAUAUGGUUGCUCAGUCAAAUGCGUUAUACGUUUUGAUAAGUUGUGUUUUUGUAGUUACCUACGUUUCAGGACUAAUAAUGUAAAUAAUUAUAUUUCUUUUAUUUUUGAUUCGAUUUGGAGCAACAUAAGCGGGACCAUAAUGAUUAAUAUUCAAUAUGAUAUCGUUUUUCAUUACGAUACAGAUUAUUUUAAAUAUACACAGAUUUUCAUUAUGAAGUGCCGAACAUUAGACUUCAGAAGGAAUUGGAAGAGCUGAUAACAAUAGCGAAGGAGGAGUUGCCUCUUAACUUAUGUUUUCUUUUUGUCUAGGAGAAUAAUCUCAAAGGGUUACGCUGAAAGAAAAUGUGACAGAUCAGAUUUAUGCAGAUAAAGAUUUAAAUUUAAAAAUAUAAUAAUAAAUAAGAUAAUAACCCAUAAUAGAAAUUUUGAGAAACCCUGUAUAAACAAAGCUAAAACUAUUUUAUUUUUUUUUAUGUUGAUGUUGGAGAACCCGUUUUUGUUUUUACUAUAUUUUUAUGUAUACAUAAAAUAAUGAAUCAAUUUUAUUCAUUAUUUAAAUAUUUAUAAUUAUUUGAUAAUACUU